GAAACUCUCUGCGCUCUUUAGCGUCCGGGAGAUUUUCCCCAGCUUCCACCUCUUUGUCCUUGAUAUCCUGUUAUCCUGCCUCACCGUCACCAUGGCAAGUGUUUGCACCUCAUCCCUCAGGCUAUCUCUGCCCAAUGUACUACGAAAUGCUCUCCGCUCUGAGUUCGCCUCAGACGUUCGUCAGAGUCUCGCACCUCGAAGGCUCUCCGUAACGCCUCUCUCUUACCGCAGAUGCAGGAUCCCACGACGAAACUUUGGCUCCUCCCCCAAAGCCCAGUUCCACCAAUCAUCGACAUAUCUAUCAUCCCAGAACUCAUCCUCGACUAGCUCCGAUAUCUCUAACACAUCGUCAUUGGACAAGCUGGGAAGAGCCCACCGUGGUAAACCAUCGACAGAGGAUGCAUUGACCGAAGCGAACGCGGCAUCAGACCCCGCUGAUAUUCAAACCGAACAGGGGGCCUCCUCACACACUCCUCGUACCCCUAAGAAAAGCCAAACCAAGCAUUCUCGAUCGAAGAAGGGUCCGCGCGACGAACAAUCCUCCACCGCCACUCCGCCCGCUCCCAAGAAGAAGAAGCCAGAGAAAUGGCAGAUACAGAAGGAGGCUUUGCGGGGGAAGUUUAAGGAGGGGUGGAAUCCACCCAAGAAGCUCUCUCCGGAUGCUCUUGAGGGUAUCCGGCACCUACACGCUGUAGCACCGGAGCGAUUCACCACUCCUGUUCUUGCAGAAGAAUUCAAGGUGUCGCCGGAGGCUAUUCGGCGGAUAUUGAAGAGUAAGUGGCGGCCCUCUGAGAACGAACUCGAUGAUCGACGGAAACGAUGGGAGAAGCGACACGAUCGGAUCUGGGGCCAUCUGUCUGAGCUCGGCCUACGACCGAGUACGAAGCGCACACGAGAUUUGGUAGACGCAAACCAAUUGCUCUACGGCAAUAAGAAGGGGGGCCAGGAGUAAAAGCCGCUGCUGCCGACGGCUCGUACAGGGCACCGUAUGUAUAUUGACACCAAACCAUGUAUCAUAUAAUAUACUCUAUCAGUUCUCGCAUAAAUUCGCAUAGGGAGGCGAUGGUCAGAUCUUGCGGGGUUUUCUUUUUCUUCAUCUUCCGAAUGUCUUUUAUUUCCGAUCCGAGGCACAUGGCCUUCAGUGCCGACGUUGUAACAUACCGUUUCAGAGGUUGGAAGAUUUUGCGGCGAUAUAGUCGUGGACGUUG